AUGGACAACGAAAUCCGACCGGCCUGGCAGUCCCCGACUUUCGCUCCUAAUUCUCCUGGGACUGGUCGAGAUAGCUGGAAAACCGCUCCAGGCUCACCGAGAGAAGACUUCAGAUUCAAUGUUGACGCUAUUUCUGAGGAAUGCGAAACAAAUUCCAGCGAGGUUCAGAAGUCGAGUAGACAGCCAUACGUACCGAGGUGGGAGUGCAACGAAAAGUUGGACUAUGUCGAACAUGAUCCAGAUAUCGACGGCAUCGAUUGGAGACCUGGCUUCAAGCACCAGUUUCCAUGGAUCGGCUUUGCGGGACUUGUGGUGAUCUUCGUGGCCACUGCUACGGCUGUAGCCAUUCUGGUGUGUUCGCAUAAGAAGCGAGUCAAAGAUUGGCCAUUCACUAGUUUCCCUGCUCAGCCGAACGUCCUCCUCAACAUCGCAAACCAGAUCCAAAAUCUGGGGCUGAUCACUUUGGUAAGCCAUGGAUUGGCUAUCGCAUGGUGGAGAACAGCCUUGCGCGGUAGCUCUCUCCGCGUGCUACAUAAGAAUCACGCAUAUUCUUACAGCUUCUACGCGAUUGUCACCUCCGGCAGGUACUUCAACUUGGUCGCUCUCGCUGCACUCAUGACGAAGUUUGCUGUCGUGGAUAGCACCCUAUUUCAAAAAUCGACGAGGACUAUCGUAACUCAGCAAAAGGAGUACGCCAAUUCCACCAUGACUGCAUGGGUCGAGAGAGACUGGCCGAAGCGAUUAGGAGGUCUUCCCGCACAAGAUGGCACCACCAGACUGAAUCUUGCUUCCUGGGCCGGUGUUCUGGAUGCGUACAACGGCAAGCUCGCAAAUGGGAAGGUGCAUGACGGUCUUAACGAUACUGCGUCUUUCUUCGAGUGUCCAUAUCGUCAGGAAUGCAGUAGUGCUGUCGAAGGUCUAGGGUUUGCGUUCAAUUGCACAAGCGAUUACCAACAGGUUGACUAUGGAUUAGAAGAACCGGGUUCAUAUCCGCUAUGGCAUGUCAAUUUCAACCCACAAUGGGCAACCGAAACGAAAUCAUACGCCAGCAUCAAUCUCGAGAUGUUAUAUGUUGAUAGCCGAACCGGGGGAGACGACUCAUGCCCGGGUCGUAAGACUACACGCACAUGCGAGAUCAUACCCGCAGUCGUUCAGUAUCCAGUUACUGUCAUGGUACCAAGCAAAGAAGAACUUGAUGGCAAGAACAUCGUCACACACAUCAAGUUCUUCAACACCGAAGAUCCACGGCCCAUCGGAGCUAAUCUCAAUGGAAUCAGACAAAUUGAUGGACUGAAAGUGUUAAAGACCGUCAGUCUCGACGAAAGGAUCAACGACCCUUCCACUGUCGGGAGUCUGACUUAUAUCAUGAAUAACCUCUAUGGGUCCUCGGCGAACCUCACUUAUGACAAUGGCUGGGAUCUCAGUUCUCGAGGUGCUUCCACGCAGACUACAUUUUACUCAGACAACGAUGAGGUAAUGAAGGACGCCUGCUGGUUCAACAUUAACAAGCCUGGUCGGGAUGAUCCCACCAUUGAGAUGCUGCGUAAGCUUAACACACUGAGCUUUGUGACUGCGUUGUACAUCAAAGGGGCUCCUAAGACCGAUAGAGACGAGCGCAAAGCCCUCGGCAUGGCCAGUCAAAACAUCACCACAUCAAUCACCGGCAUCGUAGAAGAAUACCUCACCUCCUCCGCCUACGUCUACGGCGCCCUCGCAGCAACCUUCAUCACCGUCAUACUCGUCCUACCCGUCUACUGGGGCUUCUGGCAACUGGGUCGCAAAGUCACUCUAGGUCCACUUGAGAUCUCACAAGCAUUCGGUGCGCCCAUCAUCGCGCCCGACAAGAUGAAAGCAUACCACGGCGACUUUGACCAGGUGCUCGAGGAUGUUGGGGAUAGGAGAGUACAGUACGGGCAGCUCAGGAAUGCGCCGCCAGGGCAGAUGGGUCUUGCGGAGCCAGAGAGGGUGGUGGUGCCCAAGGCUAGUCAUCGGUGGCGGGUUAGUGGGCAGAGGGAGAACAGGAGAAUUGGGCUGGGUGCAGUCUUUGGAGGCGCGGUCGCUGCUACCAUGUCGGGGAAUGCGAGGGAUUGA